UACCUUGGGUCCAAUACAAAGAAAAUUGUAAAAACAUGAUCUUAUCAUCUUCUUCGGCGAAACUAUCCGAAGAGGCUAAGACUGUUUUAAAGUCUAGAUCAUAUACAAAGUAAUUUCAUUUCAUAAAACUAUUAUUGAAAACGUUAGUUUUUAUAUUUACCUUUAUUUCACAAGCUGUAAUGAAGAACGUGUGGUGGCACCAACAUCAAUGAAAAGGUUGAUGGCAACUGAUAGUUCAACAUCGACUAAAAAAAAACAAAAAAAUAUUAGAAGUACAGCCCACCACAACACAAACAACAAUACUUCAAUAUUUUAGUAAGGCUACAAAAAAAAAUCGUCCCUCCACCUGCAAAAGAAUCUAAUGUAUCAUCAAAAGAAAAUGAAGAUUGUUCAAUUAUCUCAUGUUUGCCAUUGUAAGUCUUGAAGAAAGUUUAUUUUAAAUAUAAAGUGUUGACUAUUCUGUUACUUUCUACGCGGUGGUUAUUCAUCGAAAAAUAAAAAAACUUUACCAUUUCCACCAACAAAUUCACUACCAUCAUCACUGAUACAAGCCUCAACGACAUCCUCAACUUACUCAUCAUCAUCAAUAGAACUAACAUCGAAAUAUUUUCGUAAUCGUUUUAUGCCUCGGCCUUAUCCACCAAUUGCUCGACUAUCGAACCAAAGUUGUACGAAAACUCAAGAACUUCAACAACAACAAAUUCCUGGUGAAAAUUAAGAGAAUAAAUCCUCAUAAUAUUCAUUAAAAAAAGAAGACAAAUAGAAAAAAAGACUUUCUAAAAUUUUAAAUUUUCCUUAUUUCACAUAAUCCCAUCUUUUUAAGCGUUUUUCUUGUCUUCUUUUUCUUUUAACUGGUCAUUAUUUGUUCAUCACUACAUUUUUAAAGGUUUUACCAUAUUAUUCUUAUACGUUAACUUUUUUAUAUUUUGAUUUUAUUUAAUUUCUUUGUAUUCUUGUUGCUGGCCUAUUCUUUUUUUUAAUUACGUUGAAUUAAAAUUAUCUACCUUAUUUUUUCUUAGAUUUAUUAAUUGCUCAUGAAGAUCAAAACAAAUAGAUUAGUAUGAUCUACCUAAAGAAGACAUGGAAGUUUCACAUUUCAACUUCAGAAGAGUUGUGCUAAUAACUGUUUUUUCUACUGUUUUCGAUGAUUUUAAGAUACAUAAAAAAUUUAUGCGGCAUUAGAAAAUUUUUAGUACAUAGAACAAAUAUUCUCAAAUUGCUACUUAAAAGAGCAUCGAGCAUCGUCUAUGAUUCAGAUAUUGAUUUCUAAGGUAAACUAGCCGGAAUAGAAAAUUUAUCUAUGCUCGUUUUAAAAGUUUUUUAAUUGUCUAAUCAUCAAUCUUUUCUUUGAGAAUGUCUGAAUUUUCAACCACUAGUAUGGCUACUGAUCUUUCUGUGUUUAAUCGGGAUGAUGUUCAAACAUUUGUUAACUUAGCAUUGAGGCCACCGUAUUCUUUUCCAAUGCUUGAUUUUGCAUAUUGUGUCGAUAAUGCUUUACCAUCAUUAUUAACUGAUCGUAUGAUACAUAUUGCCGAAAUCAUUUAA